UUGGGGGAAACUGAGAGAAUUUUGUGUAGAAAACAAGAGAAUUUUGUGUGGCACUUCUUAGGGUUGGGUUUCUUGGUGUUUAUAUUCUGAAUAAAGGCCGUUAGCUCCACGAGGAGUAGAGAGGUGGCGUCUUGCAGUACGCUUCAUCGACACACAUACUUUUUCUCUUCCCUUAGGGCCCCGUUUUAUAUUACAAUGCAGCAAAGUUUAGAAGAAGCUUUGGAUCAUGCCGACUGUCUCAGUGAAAGUGCCCAACUGAUACCUCCUAAAAGGAAAUGCUUGUCGAGUGGAACAAAAUCGAUAUUUCAAAAACUUCAUGACUUGUAUGUCGAAGAAUGUGAAAAAGAGCCUGAGGACGUGCAGGAAUUAAGAACAAAUGUGAACCUGUUAGAGAAGCUUGUUAUGCGAGAGAGCUUGUCAUGUUUAGUGGUCAACCUAUACCCCGGCAAUGAGGGUUAUUCUCUGAUGCUCAGCAGAGAAGAUGGGCCAGAAUCUGAGACCAUUCACCUGCCUUAUGAAGAGAGGGAAUUGCUUGAAUACUUGGAUGCGGAAGAAUUACCUCCUAUUUUGAAUGAUCUCCUGGAAAAAUGUCAGGUAAAUAUUUUUUACUCUGGAUGUGUCAUCGCAGAAAUCCGUGACUACAGGCAGUGCAGUAAUAGGCAGCCUCCUGGCUACCAAAGUCGGCAUGUUCUCCUACGUCCAACAAUGCAGACUGUAGCCUGUGAUGUGACAAAUGAUAGCCAUAAAUGGACCCAGGAAGACAACCUUGUGCUUAAGAGCCAACUGAUCUUAGCUACAGCUGAACCCCUGCAUCCAGAGCCUCCUGUAGCAGUAGCCUGCACUGCAAACAGACUGCUCUAUAACAACCAAAAGAUGAACACUCACCCAAUGAAACAGUGUUUAAAGAGGUCUUCUAGGUGCUCUCUGAACCAGCCGUUAGAGCAGUCUGAUUGCCAACCACCACCUCAGCUAAGAUCAUCCACUUCUUGCCAAAAAAAUGAAGAAAGAAAAGAAGGUGAUCAAUAUGACCUCAAAAUUUCUGAAGCAGGAAAUUGCAUGGAUACGUGGAAACAAAGUCCUUGUAAUCCGGCCAUGCCUUCUGAAGUGGAUGUAAAUGAUGAUUACUUAUUUGACUGUGAAGCUGGUGAUCAGUAUCAGAAAACAGCACUAAGUGUCAUGCAGUCACUUAAUGACCCACUUUUCUCUGAGACAAUACAGCCCUGUGAAGAAGAUGAAGAAAGUUAUAGUGAGAUGUCUCCAUUCCAUUUCUCCAUAGAUGAUUAUUCAGAUUGGUUGAUGAUUGGACUAGAGGCUGCUGCUGAGAAGAUAGUCAUUCAGUACCAGGACUUGGUCAAGAAGGAAUGCCCAGUCAGGAUGCCACACAGCUCCAGUGGCUCAGCCAGUCUGAGCCUUUCUUCAAGGAAAGAAAUCGAACAAUGUCAGAGAGUAUUGGUUCAGUCUUCAGUAUUGGGAAAGGAAGUAAAACAUCCGCCUCCACGCAUCAAGUUUCCCUCAAGCUCAGGAAGUCGUUCCUUAGUUAACUAUUCUCCUCCACAACAGGCAAACCGCUUUCUUAAAUCUCCAAUGCCUUCUGUCUCUGAGCCAUCAGUGCAUUCUCAGGAGUCAUUUAUGGACUUCAGUCGAGUUAGCAUGCUUUCUCCAGAGGCUACAUCAUCUGCCAGCUCAUCACAAAGGAUCACGACCAUACCAGUCAUGGUAAAACGUGCUAGACUGAACUCCACCAAUGCCAUGAGCUCUGUUUGUGGAGCGCAGGCUUCGGUGAGUGGUUCAGGCCCCAUGCUGGACUGCAUCCCUGGUGCCAAAACUCCUGCAGAAAUAAACCUAAGUAGCUGUCUACCCUCGGGAGUUCUACCGACUGCAGUGCCAAGUACAAUGAAGAUAGCUCCUCAAGCAGGCAUUCCACUUAUUUUAGAAAAUACUUCAACGACCAGACCUUUAACUCUAUUCCAUCUUCCAGGUACUCAACUCAUUUUUGUCCCACAGCAACAGCAGCAGCUCUCUCAGCGUACUCCAGAACAACCACCUCACCAUUCCACAGCAUGUCCUCAACACCCAAGAGGACAGGGCUCUGCACAGGGUUCAACCAGUCAAGCACAGGCCUUACCCACUCAGCAAGCAGCUCUUAUUAAUCUUACCGAAUUAGAGCAUCUUGUGCCAUCCCAGGCAGGUGUGUUGUCUCAGCUUGCCUCUGCCCAGAAGAGACCUGAGCAAAGCCAUCCUCACCAGAGAGUCCAGAUCCCUGCUGCCCUUCCACAGCAGCAGCCACAGAUACAACAGUCGAAAAUCUCGCAGCGUUCAGUUUCUGUGGCCGAGGCAGCCACACAGACAGUUAAUUCCCGUCGUCACCGGCGUAUAAGCAGCCACUCGAAAGGGCAGAGUACAGGGGCAAGGAGCAAGACGCCGGAGGCGCUGCGCACCGCGGCCCGGAAAGCGGCGACGGCCAACCAGCGGCGAGCGAGUACAGCCCCGCGCCCCGAGCGCCCUCGCUCCCUCGCGCACUGCGUACGUGCGAAGGCCGGCUCCGCCCCCGGGGCGGGGUCUGGGGAAGCCGCGAGCGGCCGGCCGCGGCCCCGAGCUGGUGCGGCGGCUGCACCCGCGGUGCCGAGGCCGAGGCGGAGGCCGGGGUGCGCGCCUGGCGGACGUGCUUGA